AUGGGGGCAUCUGAUAAACCGUGCGGUGGUGUGAAACUUUUUCGUGUCAUAGCAAGAAGUUUAGGAUGGGCUCACAAACAUCAAGUUGAAUUAGACGAAGGUUCUAGAUGUUCCAGCAGUGACUCUUUCUAUUCGUCAGCUAAUAAAUUGACAAAAGGAGAAAAUUGUUUUUCUGGUGGGUCUUCGGGAACUGAUCUUUGUUAUUUAAAUGGACAAAAUGAGAGCUUCAGCUUGGAGAACGGAUUUGCGUCGGGUUCGAGCAGCGAUACUGGCAGCGAAUCAGCUGGACAGGGCACGAGAGAGCGGUCGCGACGUACGGAUUCUUUUCGAAGAGCUUUCCAAAAACUGACCAUUACUAGAUCGCAGAGCACCGAUGGACUUUCGACAAAAACGACGAAGCGAAACAAAUCAGUUACGCCUAAAAGAAUUCUUAGGUCUCCUGUCACGUACACUUACGCAAGGGGAAUGUCGGGUUUGCCAACUCAAAGAAUACCAAGAAACACCCAAUCAAGAUCCUGCUGUUAUAGCCCACAGAAGACGAGAUAG